AUGGGGACCAAGGGCAAAAUUGUCGCCUCUGCCCUGUGCCAUACCGAUGCCCUCACCAUCGACCCUGCAUUUAAAGACGCUCCUCUCCCAGUGAUCCUUGGCCAUGAGAGCGCAGGAAUUGUGGAGAGUGUUGGGCCAGGAGUGACCAACUUCAAACCAGGUGACAAAGUCAUUCCAUUAUAUGCCCCUCAAUGUAGAAAAUGCAAGUUUUGUCUGAGUCCCCUCACAAAUAUUUGUGAAAAACUCAGCACAGAGAAAAAUCUUGUUGCUGAUCAAGAACUAAUGGCGGACAAAACCAGCAGGUUUACCUGCAAAGGAAAACCAAUUUACCACUUCAUGGGAAUCAGUGGGUUCUCUCAGUACACUGUGGUGUCAGAUAUUAGUCUUGCCAAAAUCGAUGAUGAUGCAAAUUUAGAGAGAGUUUGUCUGCUUGGAUGUGGGUUUCCAAGUGGCUACGGGGCUGUAAUCAACAAUGCCAAGGUCACCCCUGGAUCUACCUGUGCUGUCUUUGGCCUAGGAAGCGUGGGUCUUUCUGCCAUAAUGGGUUGUAAAAUAGCAGGAGCUUCCAGAAUCAUAGCUAUUGACAUCAACAGUGGGAAGUUUGCGAAGGCCAAAGCCCUCGGAGCCACUGACUGCCUCAAUCCUAGAGACCAAAAUAAACCCAUCCAGAAGGUCAUCGUUGAAUUGACCAGAGGAGGUGUGGACUUUUCCCUUGCUUGUGUAGGUGGAUCUGAAGUCAUGAGAGCAGCCUUGGACUGCACAACGAUAGGCUGGGGAACAUGCACUCUCCUUGGAGUAGCUGCUGAUGACAAUGACUUGACUAUUUCUCCAGCGGAACUCAUACUGGGCCGUACAAUAAAUUCAACAUUCUUUGGCGGUUGGAAAAGUGUAGAUUCUAUUCCAAAGCUGGCCACUGACUACAAGAAUAAGAAAUUUGAUCUGGAUGCAUUGGUGACCCAUACCCUGCCUUUAGACAGAAUCAAUGAGGCAUACGACCUAAUGAACCAAGGAAAAAGCAUCCGAACAGUCUUGAUCUUAUGAAGAUGCCAGGAGCGAUUUGGAAUACUGUCUGACUGAAUCUGAACCCGGUUAUUACUUGAUAUGAUGGAAAACUAUGGAUUUAAACAAAUACUUAUAGUUAGUAUUGCAACAUAAAAUAGCAUUAAAUAUUACAAAAUUUGUACCCAUAAAAUAUAUUAUUUCCUGUGUUAAAUAACUAUGAUAAUUGAAGUGUUUAUGAAUAGAAUAUGAUGUUUAGAAAUUGUUUAAAACUAGUUCUGGGAAGGUAAAAGUGGGGAAUGAGAGAUCAUAAAUACAACUAGAUUGUCACUUGUUAAUAAUUUUUAGGUUGGUUGAUGAAUAUAUGGAGUUUCAUUGUCCUAUGCUGAAAAUUUUCCACAAUAAAAAGAUUUUAA